AUUUCGUAUAAAUAUCGAAUGGAUAAGGAAGAAACAUUCAGUAUCAAUUUGUGCAUUCGCGUCGAAACACGACCAAUCGACACGACAUUCAACAUGGCAUUCUUUAAAUUGACUAUUUUGGCUAUUACCAUUGCUGCGGUGCAGUGUGGGAUCGCUCCGGUUGCAUACCACGGUUACGCGGGUCACGGAUAUGGUGGACAUGGUUACGCCGCUGCCCCCAUCGCCGUUGCCGCCCCAUUGCCGCCUAUGGGCAUGGACAUGGACAGUCAUCAUGACGUUGAUUACUACGCCCAUCCAAAAUACUCCUACAACUAUGGAGUCGCCGAUGGCCUCACUGGUGACCACAAAUCCCAGCACGAAAGCCGCGACGGUGACGUAGUGAAAGGCUCUUACUCCGUGGCUGAACCCGAUGGUACCAUCCGUACAGUACACUACACCGCCGAUGACCACAAUGGUUUCAAUGCUGUGGUUACCAAGUCUGGACAUGCUGUACACGCUGCUCCAAUUGCUCACGCUGCUCCCAUUGUACACGCUGCUCCUGUGGUUCAUGCUGCACCUGCGGUUGCCUAUGCUGGACACGCCCACGGAUAUGAUGGCUACCAUCAUUCUCACCCAAAAUAUGCGUUUAAAUACGGCGUAUCAGAUCCACACACUGGUGAUCAUAAAUCACAACAUGAAAGCCGUGAUGGUGAUGUUGUUAAAGGGCAGUAUUCGCUGGUGGAACCCGAUGGUUCCGUACGUACCGUGGAUUAUACCGCUGACCCGGUGAACGGUUUCAACGCUGUGGUAUCGAAGAGUGCUCCAUCUAUACAUGGAGUGCCUGUUCAUCAUGCGCCAGCGGCACCUGUGGCUGUGCCAGUGCAUCAUCAAGCGAUUCCAGUUGUGAAGCCUGUCGUUGCGUCUGUGCCGAUUACUGCGCAUGUACAACAGCAGCAUAUUCCAGUUCAUGCGGUCGCCCAGCAGGUGCUGCCAGCUGUCGAGCCUGCGACGUACCAGUUGAAGCAGAUUGUUGCGGCUGAGCCGUAUUACAAGACGGUUGCGCAGGUUGCUCAGACGCAUCCACAGCCGAUUCUUGCUUCGCAUUUAGGUUUGAACCACGGCUAUUACGGCGGCUACGAGACGGCGUAUUUGGGACAUCAGCAACACGGCUACGAUUACGACCUGAACGGCUAUUAUGACGACCAUUACGAUGGACAUUAUUAAAAUCCAUCUCGCAUCGUCCACGCAUUGUCGAACUUUACCAAUUCAUGAAAGCCACACGCUAAUCGCACGUGUGUGCAUGUGCCUUCUGACUAUUUUAGCCGUUUAGAUCGUAGAUACUCAAAACCAAAAAAUAUUUUAUGCUUUGUAAUCAUAAGACAAAGAUCAUAGACGUAACUUAUUCAAAUAUUUUCGCUAAACUUGUGUAAAAAUAUGUAAAUAUGGCUUCAAAACUUGGAGAAAUGCAUUUUUUAGAGUUUAAGUUGUAAACAUGAAAUAAACAAAAGUAUUUGUAGAAAGUGUUUGAAUUUUCUUGAAAUAAUUGAAUUUAGCGAAAUGAACAAAUCGUGUGUGUGGUUAAAUGCCAAAUUUAUCUCUCGAUGUUCAACAUUCCGCUUAUGAAUUUACAUAACAUUUGAGCAGAUAUUCUAAACUAUCGAAGAAGAAAUAUUCACACGAAACUUUCAAUGGCUUUCAAUUUCAAUGAAUUCAUUGACAUUUUCAAAGUGGUUUACUCGAUAUGAAAACAGGUGAAAUGCUUCAAAUUUUUAUACAAAUUUCCGUAAACUUUUAUGUAAUAUUAUAAUAUACCAACAAUAAAUUUAAUACUUUAUUUAUAUUUGUAUUUAAAUAAAUGUGAAAUUUGUUUUAA